UGCACCUCCCCGUGUUGCACCUCCCCGUGUUGCACCUCCCCGUGUUGCACCUCCCCGUGUUGCACCUCCCCGUGUUGCACCUCAUCAUAAUUACUGUAACAGUAACUGCAAAGUACCUCUGGCAGAGACGUCACAGCUGCUGGACAUCCCCUUGAUGCUGAGGACUUGCAGUAGUGGAGACAUCAGUCGCGUUACCAGCCCGUGCUAGGCGUUGAAGACUUGGAACAGUGAAGACGUCAAUCGUGUUAUUAAUCCAUACUAAGAAGAUAAUCGCUAACCCAGACUGUCGUAGAAGGCAUCAAUCGUUGACCCAGACUGCCGUAGAAGACAUCAAUCGUUGACCCAGACUGUCGUAGAAGGCAUCAGUCGUUGACCCAGACUGUCGUAGAAGACAUCAGUGGUUGACCAAUAUGUGAGUGAUGUGGCUGGACUUGAGAAGGACCUACCAGGUAUACACCAACAAGUCUGUUAUGGCCUUAUCAGUCGCGUUGCUAACCUAGAUAACCCGAGAAAGCCAAGCCUCGUGGCUUAUUUUCUCUCGGGUUUCUACCUAGCUUCUCCCCAGGAUGCCACCCACAGCAGUUCACUAAUGUCUGGGUACCUAGUGCUAAUAACUUCGAAAAUUACUGCGCCUAAUGUUGAAGGAGAAAGGUGCCUAUUUACCGCCGCGUAAACAGGUACAGCAGGUGUUAGGUGACUUGGCUACACGUUUCAUCUCACCCGGGAAUCGAUUCCACUUCCAGUCGGUUGUGAGAUGGCAGUGGGUGUAACGGGUAAGCCAAUGGAAGGCCUCGGUCAGAUGACCAAAAGCUCCAGCUGUGGGUCAUCAUAUGACUAAGACCCGCGUCAGGAAACACUUGUUCUGUUUCCUGACAAACUUUACCUAAUUUAAGUGUGUGUAAGGAUGGUGAGACGGCCGCUGGUGUGGCUAGAGGCUGCGGCUGCGGUGGUGACAGCCGCAGCCUUGUUCCUUGUGGUUGGAUUUACUUGGGAGGCUAGUCAAUCAGCCUUGCCGCCUCCACCCACCGCCCACCACCACCGCCCACCAUUGCGUGCCCACCCGGAGUUAUACCCCCCGCCCGCCCCUUUGUUGGACCUGCCUGCGGUUUCCCUGCUAGCUAACAGUCCCGCAUGCGGCACCCGGCCGUUACUACUGGUCCUACUGGUUAUGUCUCACCCGUCCCACGCCUUCUUAAGACACGCCCACAGAAACCACGCCUCCUGGCACGCCCUGGACGCCCUGGGUGUUAAACGAGUAUUCUUCCUGGCAGAUGGCAGCAGAGGAGGGCAGGCAGGCUACCCGGCCGUGCCCUUGGAUGUGAUAAUGAGAGAGAGUGCCCAGUACCGGGAUCUGGUUGUGGCCAAUUUCCAAGAUCACUAUCGUAACUUAACUUACAAGCAUACCCUGGCACUAUCCUGGGCACCUAGCUUCUGCCCCAGUGCCCGCUAUCUCCUCAAGAUGGAUGACGACAUCAUGGUGGAUGUGUGGGGCAUGGUGGCUCUCCUGCGGGCGGGGGUAUGGGUAGACCGCUGGGGUACGGUGCAAACUGGUAGCGGCGGGGCAUUGCGGUUGCGGUCUGGGGAUCCGUGGACAGCUGGGCUGGUCCAGAGGGGUCUGCGACCGCAGCGUAGCGGCGGCAAGUGGCAGGUGAAGCCGCAGGAAUACCCAGGAAGCGUGUACCCGAACUUCCUGGCGGGAUGGGCAUAUAUUGCUACCCAGCCAGCCGCAGCCGCUAUCGUCAGUGCCGCAGCCACUACCCCGCCUUUUUGGAUCGAUGAUGUUUACCUGACGGGCACGGUUGCGACUGCUGCGGGGAUACCCCGCUAUGCCCUCAACCAACACUAUACCCUCCUGCGGGGGGCCGCAACCUGCUGCCUGGCUGCACCUCGCCGCAUGCGGCACCCCCCUUUCUUCCCAGCCGCGCUCUGCGGCUUACUUGUCGCACCCUCCGACAAGAACGUAACCAUCUUAGAAGCGUGGUUCAGAGCCGCACGGGCGUGUCACGUGGGCGUGGGGUGCCCCACGCCCACACCAGACUCCUGUACCCAGACAUACCCACACUACGGUGUGGGUACGGUCAUACCUCUCUCCUGAUCUGACGCCCCAGCAGUACUGGGUCAACGUUUUGUUCUGUAUAGAGCUUUAUCAAGUUUCACUCUGUGUAGAGCUUUAUCAAGUUUCACUCUGUGCAGAGCUUUAUCAAGUCAUGUUUCACUCCGUGUAGAGCUUCAUCAAGUCAUGUUUCACUGUGUAGAGCUUUAUCAAGUCAUGUUUCACUGUGUAGAGCUUCAUCAAGUCAUGUUUCACUGUGUAGAGCUUUAUCAAGUCAUGUUUCACUCUGUGUAGAGCUUUAUCAAGUCAUGUUUCACUGUGUAGAGCUUUAUCAAGUCAUGUUUCACUCCGUGUAGAGCUUUAUCAAGUCAUGUUUCACUCCGUGUAGAGCUUUAUCAAGUCAUGUUUCACUCCGUGUAGAGCUUUAUCAAGUCAUGUUUCACUCCGUGCAGAGCUUUAUCAAGUCAUGUUUCACUCCGUGUAGAGCUUUAUCAAGUCAUGUUUCACUCCGUGUAGAGCUUUACCACGCCAGUGACUCACAGGAUAUAUACCCUGAGAGGUAUACUGAUAUGCCUCUUGGUGUAUAUACGCUGAGAGCUUAAUUUAAUCCCAUAUUUUAGGGAUUAAAGCCUGAAUUCCCAUUUCUAGGAUUUAAAGCCUUCUUGACUGGAGGUGAACUGUGAGAUGCAGCCUUGACGAUCCUCGUGUAGUAGAUAGGCUUUAAACCCCGUUCGAUAGUCGGUGACUUGAUAAAGCUUUAGCAAAGGGCGAAACGUGAUAAAGCUUUACACAGAGCGAAACGUGAUAACGCUUUCCACAGAGCGAAACUCUGUCUUAUUGGAUAUCAGUGCGAUACCUGGGGACAUCCUUGAAGUCUUUCGGAGAUGUAAUUGAUGUCUAUUGAUGUGAAUUUGAUGCGAAAUUGAUUCCAUUGAUGCGAAAUUGAUUCCAUUGAUGCGAAAUUGGUUCUACUGAUGCAAAAUUAAUGUCUGUUGACGUGAAAUUGAUGUCUAGUGAUGUUAAAAUGAAAUCUAUUGAUGUGAAAAUUAUGUAUAUUGAUGUGAAAUUGAUGUAUAUUGAUGUGAAAUUGAUGUCUAGUGAUAUUAAAAUGAAAUCUAUUGAUGUAAAAAUGAUGUAUAUUGAUGUGAAAUUGAUGUAUGUUGAUGUGAAAUUGAUGUCUAUUAAUGUGAAAUUGAUGUCUAUUAAUGUGAAAUUGAUGUAUUGAUGCGAAAUUGAUGUCUGUCGAUGUGAAGUGUAACCGUGAAACAGAAUUUCCUGCAGUGAUGCUAAGCAGGUGAUGUCACCCAGGAGAACUACUGUCUAUCUAGGUUCAAAUCAAUAUUUCUCUGUCAUUAGGUAACAAGUAGAGGUUCUAUAGGUACCUUCCCUAUCGUUAUGUACCCUAUCGGUGCCCUAUGGACAUGUACUGCAGCGUCUAUCGGGAGAAAAUGGCCUAAUGGUAUUUUUUUCUCAGUGUUAUGCCUAGUUUUGUUGACAGAUUUCAGCUGUCAGUCUGUCUACUGACUCUCAGACAUACCAGGUAUCAGCUGUCAGAGAUCUGUCAGCUGUCAGAGCCUCUCACUAACAGCAGGAUUAAGACACAUGGAUAUCUUCAGUGAAACCUUUCGCCCACACAGUAGGCGUCCUCACUCACAGUGGCAGCAGACUUUCUACUGCCUCUGUAUUUGACUGGAGAAACCUACUGUGUGGGCGAAACGUUUCAAUAAUAAAUAUACCCAACUGUUGUUGCACAUGUGCCUUAAUUAUUAACUUGUUAGUAUUUUAAGGCAUUUUUCAACACCUUUAAGAAUACCUUGCUAAGGUAUUAAUUAUUAUUAUUAUUAUCAAAAAGAAGCGCUAAGCCACAAGGGCGCUAAGGUAUUAAGAUAUACUCGCAUAUCAUUGAUCCUGUGAUCCACCCAAGGUAUUGUUUACCAUACGUAUAAAAACACACGGUAGAUGAUUCACGAUGUUUCGCUCCUUUGUCAUACAUACACAC